AUGGCGGUUGCCAUUCCGAAUCUCCCGGCUCCCACCGCCGCGGGCAAGCCGGACUUCCACACACUAGUUUUAUCCUGCAAUCGCGAUGGCAUGGAAGCGUUGCGAAAAGGACAGUCCAAAGCUGCGUUCGAGCAGUUCAAGUAUGCGGAAGCCGUUCUUAUAGCAAACCAGGCUGAAAGUGGCACGAGCCUAGCAGCUGUGACCUGCAACAACCUGGGAUGCUACUACAAGAAGGUUGGCAAGCUGCAUGGUGCUUUGAGCUAUCUUCGAAGAGCCCUGCAGAUGGAGGUGGACUUGGGCACUGAUGAAGUCACGCUCGCAGGGACUCACCUGAACAUCUGCGCUAUCCUCUCCAAGUUAGAGAAGCAUGACAAGGCGGUUCAGCAUGCUCUACAAGCCUUGGAGCUGAUCGAUCGGAAGACGAGCACUGCAGAUCCUGCGGAUGUGUCAGCAGACGAUUUCUCAGUUCUCGCCAUCGCGUACCACAACGUGGCUGUUGAGCGAGAUCUGCUGCAGCAGUACGACAAGGCGGCAGCGGCCUUCUUCCAGGGCUUUCAGGUGGCCAAGCGUUGCCUCGGCGAGGACCAUCCGCUCGCCGUGACGCUGGGCAAGAACGCAGAAGCAGUGCUCUUGAAAUCCCAGAGGAUGACCAAAGUUAGCUCUGCCACAGCUACCGCGCGGAAGCCCGUGAAGGAUGCAGAUCUGGAGCGCUUUACAGCAGGGAUGACGGACAGCCCGUCUCUGCCAGCCGUGCCGUCGGCCAAACCCGAAGCAGAAAUCGAGGAGGAUCCUUCGAUGACGCAGCGCACCAUUCGACAAGAUGCCGCGGAGUGGGUGCGAAGCGAGGAGGGUGCAUGGUCGAGCUUUGCGAAGACGGCUCUGGGACCGGCAGAGGCACGCAGCCCGACCACUGCGACGGCGGCCGAGGGCGGCCUCAGCCGGCCCGCUUUGCCUGGUCAGGCUCGCGAUGCUUUGCGGGAUGCCAGGUUGAAGGACUUGGGAAUUCCUUCGCUGACAAACACUGUAGGCGGGAUUCCGUUCAGUGCCGCCACGGUGCCCAAGCCGCCCGUGGGCUGGGUCGGCUCGAAGAAGACGCCCCUUGCGCAG